AUGAUUAGCCGCUUAGGGACUUGCAGCACCUGCUCCGCGACGUUCAUAGCGCAGACGUCAGUGUGGGGAAAUGCGCAACAUACACUAAUCUACAUAGUAGAUGCGCCACGGGUGGCCCGAGCGGCUGUGCUUACGGGCAACAAUACGCCAGUUGACAAGCUACGCUACCUUUUAGAGCCCGGAACACCACAAGGCAACGACAAUCCAAAUCUACCUGGGUAG